CUCUGCGUGCCAACCGAGUCUGAAGAGUCAGUCCGGUGGCGACGAGAAAGAGGAAGAGAAGAAGAGAGGAGAGGAGAAGAGGUGGAAGAGUUGGUGGCGAGGGGAAGGAGGAGAAGGCGGAGAAGUGUGUGAGUGUUUUGUGUGAGCGGCGGCGGGUCGGCUCCGUCAACUCCUCCAAGCCGAACAACGUCGUCGUUUCACAGUAGUCGAGUACGACGACGGCCGCGCGCGCGGUAUGCUCGGCUCUUUCGAAUUUAAGGAAAUCCACUAUAAAGGAACGUGACGCUCUUUUUGCUCCUUUGAUAUUUAUCGGAAAUAGAGACGUGGAAGAGGGGUGGGAAACAGGAAGGGAAGGAACAAGAACAAAUCAGCGUCAAGUGCACCACUGUUUCUUGUCUCUCCUUCCUACUGAUGAUGUUAAAAUUAUUAUGUAUCUUCGACGAGAUAGGCGAGCAGAAACUCGUCACCCCAAACCUUGAUGUUGUGAUUAAUGAUGUGGUGCAUCGAUCGUUAUUAUCAUCCCUCAACUUUACCAUGAAAUAAGUUAUUGUUAUGUGAAGGAAAACAACGAGUUGUACAAGUAGUUUGAUUGAUAUAAUAAUAAGUUUUUGUAAAUUGAUGUUGUAUCUAUAAAUCAAUAGUGAAUAACGCGUGAAUGCGAAAGUGUUUCAAACGUAUAAUUUAUACAAAAACAACAACAACAAGAAUAAUAAUAAUAAUAAUGAUGAUAACACCAGUGUUUAAACAUUUGUCAUAUUAUAGCGAAUACAUGUUUUUCUGUGAUCGUAAUAUUAACAAGUUAUAAUAUUCAUAAGUUUUCUACAACAGUUUUUAACGAAAGGUGAGAAGAAUCGAAGUGGAAGAAAGCUAGAGAGUGUAACAUAAGUUUAAACAAAACAGAAAUGAGCGUGAAAAAAGAAAACAUCGGAAUAUCGAGUUCAGUGACGACACGACUAUAGCUUUUCUUCACGGACGUCCGUGAAAGGAUAAUAUUAAUACACGGUACAAGAAGAAUAAGGAGAACACGUUGCAGGAGAAGAUAGAAAAACGAAGGAAAAGAGAGAGUAACGAAAAGAAAAAAAAAAGCGUUGUGCACGCGCGCGCGUGUGUGUGUACGUGUGUGUGUGCAAUGAAUUAUUGCGAUUCGUAUUCUUACGGAGGCUGCGAGAUGAGCCAGGACCGAGCUAUGCCGAUGGAGUAACAAGUGAGCGGCGGCGAGGCGGCGUUGCCAUGACGACAGAGACUCAUACUGUGGCAAUGACAGACUCGCAGUUGAAUAACAACAACAACAAUAAUAAUAACAACAACAACGAUGGCGAACCUAAAUACUUGCACAAGAAAUUCAAGAAGAUGGCGACGACAGAGGCGACGCCGGUGGAAUCCAAGCGAGAAACAACCUCGGAUAGCCGGAUCCCUGGUAAUCGUAGGGAGAAAGAUGGUGGUGAGGAUUCAGCGAAGGAACCAGCAGCGAAGACUGAGGCCGCCCCCGAGCCCGAGGGGGAAGCCAACGAAGGCAGGAAGAGUGGAUACGUAUGCCCGUACUGCAAAUUGUCCUGUGCCAAACCCAGCGUACUACAGAAACACAUCAGGGCUCAUACUAAUGAGAGACCCUAUCCAUGCGUUCCCUGCGGGUUCGCGUUCAAGACCAGAUCGAACCUCUAUAAACACUGCAGAUCUCGAGCCCAUGCUCUUAAAAUGGAAGGAGGAGACUCUAGCAAGGUUUCAGAAGAUUCUGACAUAAGCUUGUCGGAUAGCGCGAGUAACGGAACAGGAACACCACCUCCGCCACCGUCGUCGACGCCAAGUUCAGUGUUGAGCGUGAAGACAGUGAAAACGGGUAAAAUUUACAAGCCUAAAUUUCACACGGCCUUAAACAGUGUGAGCCACGAUGUAGAAGCGUCAUCGGUUUCGUCGAACUCCUCGACGAAUUCGUCGACGAACUCGAAGCCGAACGCUGAACAGCUGCAGGAGCACAUAGACAAAAUAAUAACAGCCAAUCAGGCAAUCGUGGAGGCGGUAGACCCACUACUUCACAAGCUGAUGCAAAGGCAGCAGAGUUUGGUGGAACCAAAGUACACUGAGCAACCGUUAAAUCUCUCAUCGGCGGAAGAAAACUUGACGAGGAAGCGGUGCUACAGCGAAAGUUUCGCCCACGAGAAGGAUGGUAAGCAGCCGCAGAAUCAUCACCACCAGCAGCAGCAGCAGCAAGAAGCAUCGAUAAUAAAGGAGCUUCUCUUGAAGUCUAAGGCGCAUCAGAACUGCGAUGGUGUGGAUGGUGAAAACUUUGUCUGCCCGUCGUGUAAAAUUUCUUAUACUAGCGCCGACAACCUUGACGCCCACAGGCGGUACUACUGCAAAGGAUCGCCUAGCCCGAGGCGACCCGAAUUUCAGCUUGACCUCGACAGAAAAGACCCGGAGUUCGAGAUGAAACCCGACUACUACAACACCCUCCAGCCACUCCCGUCGCCGGGUCCACUUCUUGGUAACACGAGAUUAGUCGACCCCUACGUACCGCCAACAAAACAGAGAUCUGAAUCCGCGCCAACGACACUGAGGUCGCUGGAGGAACUGUCCAAGUAUCCGAGACCAAACUCGCUCCAGAUGUUCGGUGGCGAAGUGAGGAUACUCAACGACACCGGAGAGACGAAAACGAUGAGGAUAGAACCCCGUCAAACGAAUUCACCUGGUGAACAGCACUCGGUUAACGGCAAGUGCGCAACUUCGGAGACUUCCUCGAUAGUGGUUAGGUCUGGACUUCACUCCGGCGGAACCAUGGUUCACAAACCGCCCGGCACUCCAGCCAGCACAACGAACGGUUCCAUAUCCCUGCCAAAUACACCGAAGAUAUUGGCACCUAUCAUACCCAACAUAUCAACUCCUAACAUAGCGCCGACGAUAUCCUGUUAUAGUUACUUAGAGCAGAACCUCAACCCCCUAACGAACAUCACGGCCUACAAUCCGCUAACUUUGCCGCAGGCUGGUAUAGCUAGCAUUUUGCACGGCGGUAAGAUCAUACCUUACGUACCUGGCAUGCCUGGUCCUCACACUUUGUCCGGAACACCUUCGGUCGACAUAUCCGCCAACGUACCCAGUGCUGAGGCCGAGUACAAGGUGAUUCCCGGUAUCCCCGGACUCCACGUCGUUACUCAACCCCUGGAUCUCGCCAGUCCCGUCAAAAUUCAUACACCCAACAUUCCGGGUAUACCUGGACCGCAUUCCAACAUGCAAAUGCCGUCACCCGCUCAGCCGUUGGACCUCGCCAGUCCAGCCAAGGAGCUUAAACUCUGCUUCAAGACUCCGAGUAGUGAUAAUUUGCGGCCCGGUUUGAUGAGCCCAAAAGUUCCUAAUCUCAAGAUUGAAUCUACCCCGGAUAAAUUCAGGUCCAGAGUGCCCAGCGGCGAUAUGCAUAGAUCGGAGCAUGAUCGUUACAACUUGAAAUCUGGGAUCAAGUACAGUAAGAGUAGUACUGAGAGCCCGAGGGAGAGGAAGGAAUUUUCGUUUGAAAAAAGUCCGUGCAAGACGGAAAAGACUUUCACAUAUCCAAACGACGCUGAUAGUAUGCAGAAGCUUAGAUACUCGCCGAAAAAUCUUACCGAAAGUAGAAAGAGGCCAAGUAGCUGGGCCAGUGCAGAAUUUGAACAGGGCCGAUCGUCCUCCGCCGAGUCUGUGAGACAGAGUCCCGUGGUUUUCAAAUACGAAACGGUGCCCCAUGAAAACGGCCGUACGAAAUUAGCGGCGUUACAGUUGCCGGGAAAUGUUCAACAGGAUGUUAAGACAAGGACGUUGCAAAUGGAAAAUUGUGGAUCGAUGAACGGAAUAAAGUCAAAACACGAGUUUCAAAAUGCUCCGGUUAUAACUGUUAAUCUAGAUUCUUCCAAUACAGAAGUGCCAAGUAAACCUUCACAUGGUGAUUUAUUAGCUAUUAGUCGUGAAAGUAAACCAGCGGACAGUCUUCACUCACCAAGUAUCAGUAACGAAGAGGCAACCGGAAUUGAAGAGAGUAACACCAACAAUAAAUUUCUGAGGCCGACUUCGCUGCCUCUUAAGCCUGGUACCUUUACCCCAAAACGACACCACGGUAUAACGCCAACGGCGAACACGUUGCCUCUGAUAAGCCCGGAAACACCGAGGCCGAGGAAAUCGUACGGUCAACUGUAUUUGAACGGACAUGCGUACACCUACCUCGGGCUGAAAUGUUCGACUCGGGUAUUUUACUGCACAUUAAACAGGCCUCAGCCGAUGUACGUUACUCAACAACACACCCUGUCUAUGUACUCGAACUGGAAAAUAUGCAAGGAGGCACCACUCGACCUCGACUUGGCCCAUUACGACUCGAGACGCCGGCCCAUGAGCUACACCACGGCCUCGAAGAAACACGACGAUAUUUUAACGCAUUCCUCGCAAAGACCUACAACCCCUGCAAGCUCGGACAACAACUCCGAAAAUGAUACUCAGGAAAAAGCUAAACGGGUCAAGAUAUUCGACGGCGGUUUCGAGAGCAACGAAGAUUACAUAUACGUCAGAGGAAGAGGCCGAGGAAGGUACGUCUGUGAAGAAUGUGGCAUCAGAUGCAAGAAACCAUCGAUGCUGAAGAAACAUAUCAGAACGCAUACCGAUGUCAGACCAUAUACCUGCAAGCACUGCACUUUUAGUUUUAAAACAAAGGGAAACCUGACGAAGCACAUGAAGUCAAAAGCGCACUACAAAAAAUGCGUUGAACUCGGUGUAGUUCCAGUUCCGACGUUGGUGUGCGAUGAGAACAUCGACAAGGAGGCGGUUGCCAGAUUGGCGGCGGGCGGAGGAAACGGCGAAGAAUCCUCGGAAGAGGAGGACGAGACUGACGGAGAGGAGAGCGAGGAAUCCGGAAGCGAAGAGCACGACGCUGUUCAGGGAUUGCUGAGCUUGUCUCAACCCAGCACGCACCGACUGCCGGGGCUGCUUCCGUCAGGCAGGCCAACGACAUAUCCGUACACCCUGACCUUUUCCCAGAGUACAAUUUGCACGGCGGUCGUAACAACGACGAACAGUUCGGCGCCGCUGAGCAGCCAAGCCGCGGCUGUGAUACAGAGUGAUUUGUCCCACCGUUAUUACUUCCCUUCGAGUCGUGCGGUACUCGAGAAAUCAAGGACCAGUGUGAUAAUACAGUCUUCCAAAAAGUCCGGGAACGAUACGGCGGAGGUAAAUGAUGAUUCGUCGGUUCACGCUACCGAUUCACAGAUCAAUUUUCACCAGCCCAUGGACCUCACGACCAAACAAACACUCGGCCCGAUAAGUUCUCCAAUUCCCCAACGAGUCAAGCCUACCGAUAUCCUGACCCCGGUCUCCGAGCAGCUUUUGAUGCAGACGAUUGUCCAGACCAUGGAAAGACUUCCGGUGCAGGGUAAGGAGUGGAAAUCCGAGGCCAAAGGACACAUGCUGCAGGCGUAUCUUACCGAAAGACACGUGAUGGACAGUAAAAUGAAACUGCAGUAUCGAGUGUGCUGCUCAAAGCUCGAGAACAACUGCACAGAGAAGGAUAAUAUACAAUACUUGAAGCAGCAGGACACAAUCAGAUCGAAGAAUUUAGAUCUAAACGGGAUGUCCACCGUGACUUACACGAACCCCAGCAAGAUGCAGCAUACCAUACUAGAGUCGAGAAUUAAAAGUAUUUACAAGCAGACGCAGCAAGACUGUAUGAAAAUUCCUUACAAUGAAGAUGUCUACCAAAACAACGCUUACCUUGAGACGCGGUCUUUUGACGCGGUCGAUUCAUCCUAUAAGGACACGGAGAACGCGGGUCGGAUUGUGGGCGAAACUGACGGUUUUGACCACCGAGUCGGAAGAGGCGGAAGCCCCAUUCCGACCAUUUACAAAGGCAGCUUACCGGGGCGAAGUACACCAACUUUGGACCGUCAGUCACCUCGAAAUUUGAACGUGGAGAUGACGAACCGAAACGCGUCAUCUAUCCACGGACAGGUGAAGAGCGAGAUAGACAGGAGCUCGAUGUUCAACGCAAUGAAAAUGAUGAGCGAGGUGGAGAGGCCGAGGGACAGCUUCACUCCUAGCCAGGAUCCAAAGCCCCUGAGUCGAGAAACCAGGGUUCAAUGCAACCAGAGUCCAAGAUCUCAUCAUCAGGAAUUACGGCCGCCGAGUCGAGAGAUUCGCGUCACUUCUUCGCCUAGUCAAGAGUUUAAGCUGCCGAAUCAAGAGCUUAGGCUACCUAGUCAAGAGUAUAAGCCGGCUAAUCACGAACCAAGGAGUUCGAACAGCCAAGAAAUAUCCGUGUCGUCUAAUACGAAUUCGGAAGUCAGCCAACCAAGCAGAGAAAUAAGGCUGCCUCAGGCACAAGACCAACAGUCCAGGCCAAAUUUCGAGGUGAAAUCUUCAUCGGGGCACGAUAUUUCCAGGGCUAAUUCGCAGGAGGUGCAAAACAAGUCGCAAACAGCUGUUGAUCCGAGGAAUUCUGAGCGUGCGGAGAUUAAGCAGAACGUCGACAUGACCAAGCAGAACAUGGCCGAAGGCAUUAAGCACUCCGUGGCCCGAAAAAUGGUCGUUGGUGGGCCCGGAUUUAGAUCUCCGUCACCACCAGGUGGAAGUGGGAAACCUCACGCUGAAUUUUUGCAGCCGUCAAGUGGACCUGCCCCAAAUUACGUGAGUUACAGCGUGACUGAAGAUGGUAGAAGCGUGUGUGGAAUCUGCAACAAAGUGUUCAGCAAACCGAGUCAGCUCAGGCUACAUAUCAAUAUUCACUAUUUUGAGCGGCCCUUCAGGUGCGAGAGUUGCGCUGUAUCGUUCAGGACCAAAGGCCACCUCACAAAGCACGAGCGCUCGGUUGCUCAUCACAACAAAGUAAGCAUGACGUCCACUUUUGGCGCUGCUACAACGAGCAAUCCUCGACCGUUCAAGUGUACGGACUGCAAGAUUGCUUUCAGGAUACAUGGACACCUCGCUAAGCAUUUGCGAAGUAAAAUGCACAUCAUGAAGUUAGAGUGCCUGGGAAAAUUGCCGUUCGGUACUUACGCGGAAAUGGAAAGAUCCGGCAUUAAUCUAAACGACAUCGAUACUAGUGACUGUGAUAAUAGUCUAACUAGUCUACAGAGCUUAGCGCAGAAGCUCUAUGAAAAGGAUCCGAGUAAGAUGGGUCAGUGGGAUGCCGAUUUGAUUCCAAACCAAGGCGCAAGUGGGGGAGACACUUCAUCCGACGAGGGCGAGCCGAUCCCAAUGCAUUCAAUGCACCAGUAUCCGUCUCCAAUAGGAAUGUCGGAGAGCGAAGUAUCGCGGGGAUAUCACAUGCCGAUACUAGUUAGUGAGGAGUUGAAGCCUGUGGGUGAAAUUCGUCACGCAAAUCCACAGUUCAAUCAGCAGCGGCAAACUGACUUCGGAAUCAACGAGAGGCAGCAUCGACCAUCACGAAUUCCAGCUCCAGCUCCCAGCGACGACUCAAGGACUGAAGAAUCUGGGCAAAUGUAUAAGUGCAACAUUUGCUCGGUGUCAAUACGUUCCGUCGCUGAAUUGCAGAUUCACUGCUUUAGCGAGCACAAUAUCGAGCCUGAAUCAUCUGCAAGUGGCGAUCGGAAUGGCAGCGAGGGCAGGGAUGUCAGUGAUAAUCGUAACAAAAGAGGAUUAACCGAAGAUGGACCGAUCGGUGUUAUCAGGGACGAUCAUAAGAGACAGAAGGUUGUUGAUGAUACUUAGUGCCAAAAUUAUUAUCCAAUCGUGCUACUACACGUGUAAGUUAUUAUUAUUUUUAUUCCUAAUGAAGAAAAAAUAUCUUACAAGUUUCAAGGAACAGUUAUUGAAUGAUGAGAGAGAAAGAGAUAAUAUGAGAAAAAAGAAUUCUAUUACAGAAUCUAAUUAAUUACUGUUGUUCUCAAACGCGUGAUUUCUGCACUCAAAUAAAAUAUGAAAGACUUCAAAUACACAUGCCACACAUCAUCGAAUUUGUCGUACUUAUCAAAAUGGUGAAGAAAUGAUCGUUAAAAAGGCAAGAAGUCUUUCUAUAAAUCUUCUUACAAUGGAAAACCCACUGUGUUCUAAAAUUAACACAAAAUUUCCUCGUGUUCGUAAAUCUACACAUAAUUUCGCCGUGUUCUUAAAUACGAGUUUAUUGUUAGAGUAUCACGAAUGGAGAAACCAUGAAGAGAAAUCGCGAGAAAAACGUAGAGUACGUUUCUAGAAAAGCUAUGAAAAAGUUUUUCUUCUUUUUUCGCAAUAUUUUGCAAACGACGGACUUUUUUUGGUUUGUGCAAGUGAGGAAUCGAAAAGAAAAAAAGCUAGCGAAGAAUACAGUAUUUUUAUGAUAUCCUUGGUGGU